CAGUUGAGUACGUGAAUUCGAACGCGCCGGUUGUGUGAGCUGCGCACAAAGUGAAUGUGAAAGUGGAGGAUUAACUAACUAGUAAACUAACGGCUCGUAUCAAUAACGAAGGCGCAUAGUGACUAUGUAAAUACAAAAACAAAACAAAUGAAAUAUACGACAAUAAAAUGCCAUUAAAUUCAAUGUCAGCCAUUUGCAAAUAGUUAACAAAUAAAAACAUAAAAUAACAGUAUAGUGCAAUUUAAUAGAAAAAUAAAAAAAACAAAGCAAAUUUCAAAAUGUACCCGCAAUCAAAAGUGCCACCGGUUCGGCCGCGUUCCAGUUUAUCAACAGACGAUCAUCAUUAUCGCAUACGUGACUGUGAUGCGCGACAUGUACGCAAAAAACCGAAUAAUGCCUUCAUAACGCUUGUCGGUUUCUGUUUGGUACUUUUUGUGCUCUGCGCAUUCCUGCUGGGUGCGCUCAUUUACGUUGGCAGAAAUAUUGUGAACGCGCCCGCUUAUACGUCAGCUGCUGUGACAACACCAACGGCCGGCGAAUAUUUGACAAAUGAACAGCUGUUUUCACCAGCAGAUUUAUCAAUUUUGCGUAUUAGAACAACAACGGAUUAUUCUACUUCAUCGGCAACUUAUUCCACGUCCUAUAUCAACAUGAAAUCAGCAACUUUAACCAUUGAACCAGCCAUAGCAGCUGCAUCCAAAGUGUUGCAGAAAUUAAGUUUUCGUCUACCAAAAGAAAUACGACCACAACAGUAUAAUUUGCGUUUGCAACCGGAUUUGGUGAAUAAAACGUAUCAAGGCAGUAUUACAAUUAAAUUGGAAGUGUUGAAACCAAUCUCCUAUAUACCGGUGCAUGCGAAAACAUUGAAUGUCACAACAGAAGAGGUGAUGCAGCUGAGUGAGGCUGGUGCGCCACUCGAUAAAUUGACGCCCACUUUGACCUUUGCUCAUCCAGGUUUGGAAUAUUGGGUGACAGAAUUUACAGAUCCUUUACAAGUCGGCAACUAUUCGUUGCGUUUGUCUUUUAAUGGUUCGCUGACUGACCGUAUUGUUGGUUUCUAUGCGUCAUCAUAUUUGGACACAAAAACAAAUCAACGCAGAUGGAUUGCCACCACCAAGUUCGAACCGACCUAUGCGCGCACAGCCUUCCCUUGCUUCGACGAACCUGCACUGAAAGCCUCUUUCAUAAUCACAGUGGUACGGCCCACUGAUGGCGGCUACCAUGCGCUAUCCAACAUGCCUGUUGAAAGUGAAGUGGUGAAUGGUAAUAUUACGGAAGUAACAUUCGAACAAAGUGUGCCGAUGAGCACAUAUCUCGCCUGUAUAAUUGUCUCCGAUUUUGCUUCACAAUCUAAAACCGUCAAUGGCACACUGGAGGGUGCUGAAGAUUUUGAGAUGCGCGUAUUCGCCACAUCCAAUCAAAUUGAGAAGGUCUCUUAUGCUUUAGAGACCGGGGUUGGCAUUACUGAAUAUUACAUUGACUAUUUCAAUGUCUCAUAUCCGUUACCCAAAUUGGAUAUGGCAGCCAUACCUGAUUUUGUAUCGGGUGCCAUGGAACAUUGGGGUUUGGUGACAUACCGUGAGACUGCGCUGUUAUAUGACCCUAAAAUCAGUUCGAGCGCAAAUAAACAGCGUGUGGCCACAGUGGUGGCGCAUGAAUUGGCACAUAUGUGGUUCGGCAAUCUGGUGACCAUGAAAUGGUGGAAUGAUUUGUGGUUAAAUGAAGGUUUCGCCAGCUAUAUAGAGUACAAGGGUGUUAAUAAAGUGCAUCCAGAAUGGGCUAUGCUUGAUCAAUUCAUUGUUUCUGAUUUGCACAAUGUACUCGAACUGGAUGCCACAUUGGCUUCACAUCCCAUUGUGCAAACGGUUGAAAGUCCUGCGCAAAUCACAGAGCUUUUCGAUAGUAUUACUUAUUCGAAAGGUGCUUCCGUUAUACGUAUGCUAGAAGAUCUAGUAGGUGGCGAGAAGUUCCGCAACGCCACCAAAAAUUAUCUGUUUAAAUUCUACUAUAGCAAUGCUGAGACUGAUGAUUUCUUAACUGAAAUCGAAGCACUGGAAUCCGAUUUCGAUGUGAAAUUAAUUAUGCAAACAUGGACCGAACAAAUGGGUUUGCCUGUUGUUGAGGUUAAGAAGGAGGGCAAUACGUAUACGCUUACGCAGAAACGCUUCUUAGCAAAUCCAGAAGACUACAGUGCCAAUUUCGAAGAGUCGAAAUUCAACUACCACUGGUCCAUACCAUUAACAUAUUUCACAAGCGAGAAUGCUGAGGUUGGACGCACAAUCUUCAACUACAACGAUAAUGAAGUUAAAAUAACGCUAAACAAUGCUGUCGACUGGAUUAAGAUAAAUAAGAAUCAAGUUGGUUAUUAUCGUGUUAAUUAUGCACCCGAACAGUGGCAAGAACUGACAAACGCGCUAAUUAAUGCACGCGGCCAGUUUAGCAAUGCCGAUCGUGCACAUCUCAUCAAUGAUGUAUUCACCUUAGCCGAUGCCUCACAAUUGGAAUAUAGUAUUGCAUUGAACUUGGCGCUUUACCUGGAAAAAGAAUUGGACUAUGUGCCAUGGAGUGUUGCCAGCUCACGCCUUUCCGAUAUCAGAAGUUUACUUUACUAUACAGAUUCAUAUCGUGACUUUGUCGUUUUCGGACGAAAAUUACUUGCGCAGGCCUAUUCGAUGGUCACAUGGAAUGUUAGCGAGGAUCAUUUGGACAAUUUAUUACGUGUUAGUAUACUAAGCCUAGCAGGACGUUUCGAAUACAAGCCAAUGUUAAGUGAAGCCGCCACACGCUUUACGGCGUGGUUAAGUAGUCCGAGCGUUAGACCCGAUCCUGAUAUACGUUCGGCUGUGUAUUAUUAUGGCAUGCAAAGUGUGGGCAAUGAGGAGUCAUGGAAUCAAGUUUGGGAAUUGUUUAUCAAUGAGCAGGAUGCGCAAGAGAAAGUCAAAUUAAUGGAGGCUUUAGCGGCGGUGAAUUCACCAUGGAUUUUGCAACGUUACAUCAACUUGGCCUGGAAUGAGAGCUACGUGCGCGGUCAAGAUUAUUUCACUUGCCUUACCUACAUUUCACGCAAUCGCAUCGGUCAAAGUUUGGUGUGGGAUUAUGUGCGUGAGAAUUGGCCACGUCUAGUUGAACGUUUCGGCAUCAACGAACGUUAUUUGGGUCGUUUAAUACCAUCGAUUACUGCCAACUUUGUUACACAAACCAAAUUGGAAGAAAUGGAAGCAUUCUUUGCUAAAUAUCCCGAAGCUGGUGCUGGCACAGCAGCACGCAAGCAAGCUUUGGAAACUGUAAAAUUCAAUAUUAAAUGGCUGCAACAGAAUAAGGCGAAAAUAGCGCAAUGGUUGGCAGAGCAAAAAGCGGCAGGUGAUAAUGCGAGCACUGAAACCCCAACAACAACAACGGAAGCUGCUCGCAACUAAAGCAGCAGAACCACAGCAUUUGUUGUUAUUCCACCCAAAGUCAUGAUAGCGUGAAUUUAUGAAAGCUUUUGUUUAUUUUUUAUAUAAAUAUAAAUAGUAUUUUAACAUAUGUAUGAAUUUAUGUAACUACUUUAAUGAAAGUGUAUAUAUUGUUAACUUUUAUUGAAGUCUAAAACUUGAAAUGAAGACAAUAAAAAGGAAUUGUUUGUACAAUA